GCUCCAUGAAAGCCACGUCGCUCGUACUCGCGGCUGCCUGCAUCGCCCGCACCAUGGCCAGCCUCCCCACUGACACCGCCCGUCGCCCCCAUGACUUGAACGGCACCGACUUGCCCCACGACAGCAGGCCGUUCUUUCGCAAUGACACUGUUGGCAACUCGACAGUCGGCCGCGACGGACCCUUCGAUCGUCCAUGCAACGGGACGAAAGGCAACCACUCGAAUAAUCCUGACGGAGACGUGUUGCCGCGUCGAGAUCACAGCGACAAGCCACCCCAUGGAGUCGCGGACCCGAAUGGCACUCUGGUGCCUAGUACGACUGGCGCUGCCAUGGACACCUCGAUGGCGGAUGCCCAAGUGGCCAUUUCCGGGUCGACCAGUGUCGUUGCGUCGGUUCUCUGGACUGUGAUUAUCCCCGUUCUCGUGUCGUAGCUGAAGGGCUGCUCCGCUCCAUUCUCUCGUACGUGCGAAGGACGAUUUUCUAGGAAGAGCUUCGUUCGAAAGUUCUGUUGCAGUAAAUAAUAAUCCCUUCGAAGUCGGUCG